GUUUGGGCGGACAUGCGCAGAGACGAUGCUCCUCCAUCUGCGUUUAGGCGCUCGGACCUGAUUUCACUUUCAUUACGCACGGAGUUGCGGCAGCCGGACACGACUCGCACGAGCGCGCGGCGGCGGAGCUGUGACGCGCUGGAUCACCAAUGCAAAUGAGUCUGGCGACCCCUCCCCCUCCUCGCCAGCACGCGCCCCCGCGCGCGCCCUGCUCGUGGAUUAUUUUUCCGAGGCAGCCCUUUCAGAGCGCCGGCUCCUUCAGGGAGCACGAGCGUGCGCGCGCGGAGGAGCUUAUAUAACCGCAGCUCCGGGGAGCCAGGCGCCCCUCCGCGGACACCGAGGCGGGGAGAGCAGCGGGGACCGCCGCAGAUUUCUCUCAGGGAUUCCCCUGGCGCUGCCGACCACAGGCUGGGAUAUGAAACUGCCUCUCUUUGUGACUCAGUCAUGGUUCCACUGCUGUCCAACUGCGGGGCAACAACAGAGCAUUAAUAGCCCCACAGCUGGACGCUGCAGGUCUUUGCAGAAGGAUGAAAUUGCUUUCCUGAUUGAGGGAAUGGCCUUCCAGCGCGGCGAGUGACUGUAAACGCUGCAGGUAUGGGGGUGCCCCUCUACAGGCUGCACUGCCUGCUGAAGAGGGCUCAGAUGCUGCUGCUCUGCCUGGGCAUCGCCUAUCUGAUGGCAGGCAGCAUCCUGCUGCUGCAGCGCUCCAGCGUCAGAGUGCCUCAGGCGACCCUCGCCGGCCUGCCCCCCCUCCUGUCUCUCGCUGCACCCCCAACCGCCCUCAGGACUGCUGGUCUGGGCAUGAGGGCGCGUUCCAGAUGGGUGGCUGUGUCUGGAGGCGGGGCCGGCGCGGGCAGGCGUGGGCCUUCCUCCCAGAUCUUCGGGUUCCAGCACUUGCAUCGUCGCUGGUUUCACACUGCGCUGCCAGAGAGUACAGAGGAGAGAUUUUCAGCACGGAGGAGCAGCAGACACAAAGGAACUUAUAUGGGAUGCUUCCUUCACAAUGCCAGUGACCGGGCCCUGGGAGGAACCAUGCUGUAUGACAUGCGAAAGAUGACCAGCGCUCUGUGUCAAGACACCUGCUCAGAAAGUGGGUACCAGUUUGCAGGUCUGGAGUAUGGAGCUGAGUGCCACUGUGGGAACCGGAUCAGCAGCCCCCCGGCUCCCGAGGAGGACUGCAACCUGGUCUGCCGUGGAGAGAGGGGGUCUCCCUGUGGUGGUGUGGGUCGUCUCUCCAUCUAUAAGGUGGAGCAGCAGCUGCCAGGCCAGAGGAAGUUCAGAAACGUUCACUACCGCGGUUGCUUCGAGUUCAAGAACAGCUCCAUCUGCUCCUUCCCCGUCCACUCCUUCCAGCACAACCUGACCACACAGUCCUGCAUGGAGAUCUGCACUGACAAGGAGCUCCCACUGGCCGUGUUCAAGAAGCCGCACUGUUUCUGCACGCGGACGUCGCCUCUCUUCAGCCUCACUCGACAGCAGGACGACCUGCGGUGCGCUCUGAACCACAGCUCCUCCUCCACAGCUGAGGGCGGCUAUUACCACGUGUACCACACACCUGUGCUGGACUCCAGGUGCAAAGAGAGGAUAUUUCUACCUCACAGAUCCUCCUCCCUGGUGGCGCUCUCCAGUUUCCCCGGCGCAGGAAACACUUGGGUCCGUCACCUGAUCGAGCUGGUAACUGGGUACUACACCGGCAGCUUCUACUUCGACGGCACCUUGUUCAACAGAGGUUUUAAGGGCGAGAAGGACUACUGGAGGAGCGGCCGCAGCAUCUGUGUGAAGACCCACGAGAGCGGUCAGAAAGAGAUCGAGAUGUUCGACUCUGCCAUCCUGCUGAUCAGAAACCCGUACCGCUCCCUCAUGGCGGAAUUCAACCGCAAGUGCGCGGGACACCUGGGACACGCCUCGGACGCUCAGUGGAGCAGCACAGAGUGGCCAGCAUUCGUCUCCAGCUACGCCCCCUGGUGGGCCUCUCACGCUCUAAGCUGGCUGAAGUUCGGCCGGCGCCUCCUGGUGGUUCACUACGAGGAGCUGCAGAAGGCUCUCCUGCCGCAGCUCCGUCUCAUCACAGCCUUCCUGAAUGUCAGCGUCUCAGAGGAGCGACUGCUGUGUGCGCAGUGCAACCAAGACGGACACUUCAAGCGCUCGGGGGGUCCGCAGCCGUCCUUCGACCCCUUCACCCCUGACAUGAAACAGACCAUUGACUCCUUUAUUCACACGGUUGAUCAGGCCCUGAGGAGCAGAAACUUCAGCGGACUUCCACAGGAAUACACUCCCACCAGAUGAUCUGCACAUGUGAAGCUGCUCAGAGACUCUCAGAGGUCCGCGUUCAGGCCCACCGGUCACAGCAGAGACACAGUCAGCGGUCACGUGGUUCCGACAGACUCGGAGGACUCGACGUGACUUCAGAAGGAAUACUUCUCUGUCAUUUUCAUUUAAGAAACCUUAUGUAGUUUUGUUUGAUUGUUUUUUAAUGUCAUUUUCAUACAGUGAGUGCAGAAGCCUCAGUGACGCCUGUCUGAACAGUUUGGACUCAUUAAAUCCCUUUUGAAGAAAGUGAA